GCUAGACAUCCUUCCUCUUACAACUUCUAGGUAGGCUAAGUUAUGGCAUCCACACACACAGUGAACGCGAGGUAAAUAAAAGAUGGAUGAUCUGAUUCCGGAGGAGGAGGUUCCGCCAUGGACACAACAGAUCACUGUGCGCGGUCUUGCCGUGAGCGUGCUACUCGGGGUUGUGUUCUCCAUCAUCACCCACAAGCUCAGCCUCUCUAUCGGCGUCAUUCCCUCGCUCAAUGUGGCUGCGGGGCUCUUGGGUUUCCUCCUGGUGAAGUCGUGGAUGGCUCUCGUGACCAAGCUGGGCCUCGUGACCACGCCCUUCACCCAACAGGAGAACACGGUCAUCCAGACGUGCGUGGUUGCGUGCUAUGGGAUUGCAGUCAGUGGUGGAUUCGGCACCUAUCUGUUUGGGAUGAGCAGCCGGACGUUCCAGGUCAUUGGGCCUGACUCUCCUGGAAACAGUGCACAGGAUGUCAAGGAUCCGGAGCUCGGCUGGAUGACUUCGUUCGUGCUUACGUGCAGCUUUGUUGGAAUCUUUGCUCUCGUGCCCCUUCGAAAGGUGAUGCUGAUCGAUUACAAGCUCACGUAUCCAAGCGGCACAGCCACCGCAAUGCUCAUCAGCAGUUUCCACAGCAACGCGGGUGCUCACGAAGCCAGGAAACAAGUGGCCUGCCUCGGUAAGUCCUUUGCCGGGAGCUUUGCAUGGAGCUUUCUCAAGUGGCUCGUUAGCGGUGGCACUGGAAGCAACUGCGGUUUCGAGCAUUUCCGGACGCUGGGGCUCAAAGCCUAUGCAAACACGUUCUAUUUCGACUUCAGUGCUACAUUUGUGGGCACCGGCAUGCUGUGCCCGAGCAUCGUCAACUUUUCGGCACUAGCGGGAGCCAUCCUGUCUUGGGCAAUCCUGUGGCCUCUCAUCGGUGCCCGAGCUGGGGACUGGUAUCCCGCGGGCCUGGAACCUACGAACUUCAAGGGGCUCUAUGGAUACAAGGUGUUUAUCGCCAUUGCUCUCAUCCUCGGCGAUGGCCUCUACAAUCUUCUCAAGAUCGCCGUCAUCAGCCUGAGGGCGGCCAUGAUCCACAAGGCAGGAGGGGACGACGCAACUGGAGUCCCGCUGUUGGAUCUGGAUCGAGACAAGCUAACCGAGACGUUCACCAUGGAGGGCGUGCCAAUGUGGAUAGCCGCUACCGGAUACGUGCUCCUGUCGCUGCUCUCGGUGCUGCACAUACCCACGAUCAUCCCGGCACUACGCUGGUACCACGUCCUCGUCUGCUACCUCGUCGCCCCGGUGUUUGGCUUCUGCAACGCUUACGGCACCGGGUUGACGGACUGGAACCUGGCGUCAUCGUAUGGCAAGAUGGGGCUGUUCGUGUUCGGGGCGUGGGUGGGAUCGUCGGGUGGCGGCGUCAUGGCUGGCCUUGGAGCUUGCGGCCUCGUCAUGUCCAUCGCCUCCACCGCUGCCGAUCUCAUGCAAGACUUGAAGACCGGCUACCUCACACAAUCGUCGCCGCGCUCCAUGUUCGUGAGCCAGCUCCUGGGGACGCUGCUGGGAUGCUUUGUAGCUCCGCUCACCUUCUGGAUGUUUUGGAAGGCGUUCCCGGACGUCGGCCUGCCCGACGGGGAGUACAAGGUCCCCACCGCCAUCGCCUACCGCCAGAUCGCCAUCCUGGGUGUGCAAGGCCUGGCAGCUCUUCCGGCCCACUGCCUCGAGUUUUGCAUCGCCUUCUUCGCGCUGGCGCUGCUCCUCAAUGCCGGCAGGGACUGCUUCUCCUGGCGGUGGCUGCCAAUCCCGGUGGCGAUGGCGAUCCCCUUCUACAUCGGCGCCUACUUCGCGGUGGACAUGGUAGUGGGCAGCCUGGUGAUGAUCCUGUGGGAGAGGCUCCGCGGCAAGGACGAAGCGAGCGCGUAUGGAGCGGCAGUGGCGUCGGGCCUCAUCUGCGGCGAUGGAUUGUGGACGAUCCCCUCGGCCGUGGUGGCGCUGCUCAAAAUCAAGCCUCCCAUGUGUAUGACCUUCCUUCCAACUGCGACUUAAAAAGGAGAUUGACUGGAUUUGACUGA